AUGGUGUCGCGUGCGCAAGAUCUGUAUUCUGGCGGCUCUCAACUGGAUCGUGAUCGCGACCCCGUCUUCCCGGGAGGGACACCCCAAUGGGCGCCUGGCCCAAAUUACACGGAGCGACCUGUUCCGCAUGUUGCCCCGCCAAUGACUUCCAAGCCCACCGACGAGGAACUAUUCAUACGCGGCCCACGCGGAGAGCAACUUCCCAAUGUCGAUUUCUUAAGACAACACUUUAUCCAGGAAGGCCGCCUUACUGAAGAUCAGGCCCUGCGCAUCCUCCGUCAAGCGACAGCGUUGCUCUCACACGAGCCCAACCUCAUUCAAGUCGCAAGCCCUAUUACAAUAUGUGGAGAUGUCCACGGCCAAUAUUAUGAUCUCAUGAAAUUGUUCGAAGUGGGGGGAAGUUUCUCUAAUAAUCACUAUUUGUUUCUGGGCGAUUAUGUCGAUCGAGGUAAUUUCGGCAUCGAAUGCUUGCUGUAUCUCUACGCUCUCAAACUCCAGCGCCCGAAGGAUAUUACUCUUCUUCGUGGCAACCACGAAUGCCGACAUCUCACAGAAUACUUUACCUUCAAACGAGAAUGCCUCCACAAAUAUUCUGCUACCGUGUACGACGAUUGUCUGGCCUCUUUCAACGCACUUCCUCUCGCUGCCAUUGUGGAUAACCGUUUCUUUUGUGUACACGGCGGCAUAUCACCAGAACUUAAUACACUCGAUGACCUACAGAAGCUCCACCGGUUCCAAGAACCAGGUUCUAGCGGACUCUUGUGCGAUCUGUUAUGGUCCGAUCCAAUAGCUAAUUUUGGAUACGAAAACGAACAUUCACAACAUGGACCACCUCUUCCACAUGGAACCACUUGGCAGCAUAAUGGAAUGCGCGGAUGUUCGUACUAUUAUACGUACCAUGCAGUAUGCAUGUUCCUUGAACGCAACGGGCUUCUUGGCAUCGUCCGCGGACACGAGGCACAAGAUGCGGGGUAUCAGAUGUACCGCAAAACGCCCACAAAAAAGUUUCCAUCUGUAAUAACGGUCUUCAGUGCCCCUAACUAUCUUGAUGUGUACCAUAACCGAGGGGCGGUGAUUAAGUAUGCAAAUAAGAACAUCACGAUUCGCCAGUUUAACUCGAGCUCUCACCCAUAUUGGCUUCCUAAUUUCAUGGAUGCGUUCACGUGGAGCUUGCCGUUUGUCGGCGCCAAAAUUACAGAGAUGCUCCUUGCCAUCCUAUCAACAUGUAGCUCCGAGGAGCUUGAAGACAUAGACGACGAAGACGCACACACAGUGGAUCUUGCGCUUUCACCAGCGGAGGUCGGGGUACGGCAUCAACGGAUCAAGGAUAAGAUUCUCGCUGUGGGCAAGAUGCAACGAGUGUUUCAGUUACUCCGCGAGGAAGCAGAGAAUGCUACAGAACUGGCUACGGUACCACUGGAGCAGCGGCGUGGAUCAGACAUGUUGACAGCACAAGGCGCACAACUGAGGAAUUACAUCCGGACCUUCGCCGAUGCACGACAGUCAGACCUCGCCAACGAACGCUUGCCACGUUUCGAGCCUGCUGAUGAGGGGUUCCCCGUUAUACCGGCUCCAAGUAUGCGGCGCUACGUGACUGGCGACUUUGAAGGCGUAGGUAGGGACGACCUCAUUCGGCAUAUGUUGGAAGAGGAAAGUGGGGAGGGAGGCAUGGUUGAGCGCAUUGCAGACCGGAUCGCUAGGGGUCGAAUGCCGACGGGGCUACCGCGGCCACUGAAGCGAUUCGAGACGACCUAG